UUACCUCUGAGAGUGCGUUUGUGUUUCCUCUCAGUCUGAACUCUAACUGUUCAUAUUGAGCUGUCUGUGCUACAGAAUGACCCGUUGGGCCCUUAUUGCUCCCCUCCUGCUCCUGCUGGGCCUGUUCAUCCACAGUGCUGUCAGUCAGGAGACUGAGGACCCCGCUGUAACAGCUGGACCACCACCGGACCAGAACUCUGAUGGCACACAGGCGAAUGAGGAGGACAGUGAGUGGGGACUGAACUCCUUCAGAGGCGGAUUUGAAUCAGUCAGCGGAUACUUUGACUCGAUGCUGGAGUUUAUGGGUGGACGUGAUGGAGUGUGCCAAUACCGCUGUCGAUAUGGUAAAGAUCCUCUUCCUCGUCCUGGCUACCAGAUGCCAGAACCUGAUGGAUGUAGCUCUUACUUCUUUGGUCUUCCUGUUCCAGAGGGGAUGGACAUGGGUAUCCCUGCCAUGACCAAGUGUUGCAAUCAGCUGGAUAUGUGUUACGACACCUGUGGCUCCAACAAGUACCGCUGUGACUCCAAGUUCCGCUGGUGCCUCCACAGCAUCUGUUCUGACCUCAAGAAGAGCCUUGGCUUUGUGUCAAAAGUUGAAGCAUGUGAAACGGUAGCAGACACCUUGUUCAACACAGUGUGGACUCUGGGCUGCAGACCCUACAUGAACGGCCAGAGGGCAGCGUGCUUCUGUCAAGGAGAGGAGAAAGAUGAACUUUAGAUGAAAGUAUGAACCACUCUCCUGUUUACAACAGCAUAAGCUAGAGCAUCACAUCAGAAGAUGUGAGUUAUGGUGUUGCAAUUACUGCUGCAUGACUACUUGAGUAAUUUAUUUGGAAGUUAUUGUUCUGGUUAUGUCCAAAGUCAUUAUUUUACUUUGCAGCAAACUGUAGAUGUUAUUGUUAAAAGUUCACCUGUUGCAAACCAAAACUGUAUUUGUUUGUUUGCAGUGAUGCAUCAGUGUUGCUGUCUAUAGUUGCACUAUGAUUUUGAAAAAGCAAAAAUAUCUAUGGUAUGAUCUUUACAGCACUCUUGUGUUGUGCACUUUGGGCGUUAUCAUUUGGGAUAAUACAGUAUGAAUAAAUGUUAUCAACACAUACAUGA